AUGCCGAACGAAAAAUUGAUGAAACGAAAGGGUUUCUGUGAUCCACCUUGUGCACCUGGGGAGGCGUGUUUUCUUAGCCCAAAUCAGAAAUGGGAAUGCCGAAUGACAUUGCGGAAUUGCAAUCCCGCGUGCGCUUCCGGUGAGGUUUGCAUAAAUGAUGGUGAAUCAAAAUGCAUGAAACGGGGUUCUUGCGAUCCGCCCUGUGAUACGGCGGCUGGAGAACGAUGUGUUGGAAAAUCUAAUGGCUCUGCUCAAUAUGAAUUCGAGAAGAAACUCGAGAUUCAGGCUGGCGGUUUUGGGAAAGUUUCCUACAAUAAGUUGAACAACCAAGAUGUGGCCAUAAAAAUGAUGGAGGAUCCAAAGGAGAUUCUCCAAGAAGCAAAUAAGCAUAGACAUGUCAAAGAUUGCAAGUUUAUUGUUGAGAUACUCGGAAUCAUUUUUGAUGAGACUGAUUCGCCGAAAGGUUUGGCACUUGAGUUGUGCUAUUUGGGAACGCUUUAUCAAGUGAUUAUGGGCUGGGAAGUGCAUACACUUUACAACAUCUCUCAUAUCGUCCUUUGGAUGGAGCAAUUGGCCUCGGUGUUGCGCUACUUGAAAGAGAAAGAGCUCGUUCAUCGGGACCUCAAGCCUCUCAAUAUUCUGAUGUUCGACAAAUACCGCGAGAUUCGCGUCUGUGAUUUCGGCAUCUCAGCCUGGGAAGAAACUGUGUCGACUCACUUGGCCGAUCAUCGAGAUGACAUGUACAGUGUGGGGAUGAUUCUGUGGCAACUCAUCUUCAGAAAACAUCCAUAUCUUGACUCCAAUGCUGAAAAUCCGGCAAUUGAUAACGAUGAUGUGUUGGAAAGAGUGGAGAAUGGGGAAAGAUUGCCACUUGAUGAGACACAUUCAUCCAUUCAGGAAGUGAUCUCGGGCUGUUGGGCUCAUGAGAAGGAUGAGCGUUUGAGUCCUCAAGAACUAUACGACAAGAUGGCUGAGUGGCGAGAGAAGAUUCAAACAUCGAUGAAAAAGUUUGAAUCUCCGCGUCUCUUCAAAGAGCCCUACUCCUUUGUCCGACCUCAUGGAACGUUUUCAUGCACUCACAUAAAUCUCGGUGCUGAUUAUCAAAAAGUUGAAGAUCUCGGGUUCUGCGUUCCGAAAUUUGCAAAUCUCAUUCACAAUCCAAGAAACAAUCAUGAUUUGCUGCUUAACAAAUCGAUGAUUGUUGUGUACAACAAAGCAACAAAAGAGGCACAAUUUUGGAAAGUUGUU